UUUCAGUAGGUUUUAGUAUCCUGUCUAUGUUAGAUCCCUACUCUUGGUUUGAUCAUAAUAGUUGCUGUAUUUAUUUUCACAGCUUUUGUCUGCCAGGGUGGGGCUUGCAGACCAUUGAAAAGUUGUGAAGGCUGUGAGUCAUGCUGCUGAAGGCAGAACUUUUGAGGCAGAAUAUUUAUGUGAAGGCAUACCAUGCUGUUAUUUACAGCAGAAGGAACUGAGUAGCAGUCAGAAAAGGUUCCUGGUUACAGAAAUACAGAACCAAGAGAAAGACAGGAUGGGCACUGCUGGAAAAGUUAUUAAAUGCAAAGCAGCUGUGCUAUGGGAACAGAAGAAACCCUUCUCCGUUGAGGAAGUAGAAGUUGCCCCACCAAAGGCGAAAGAAGUUCGCAUUAAGAUUUUGGCCACAGGAAUCUGUCGCACAGAUGACCACGUGAUCAAAGGAGCAAUGGUGUCUAAGUUUCCAGUAAUUGUGGGACAUGAAGCAACUGGGGUUGUGGAGAGCACUGGAGAAGGAGUCACUACGGUGAAACCAGGCGACAAAGUCAUCCCUCUCUUCCUGCCACAGUGUGGAGAAUGCAAUGCCUGCCACAACCCAGACGGCAACCUUUGCAUCAGGAGCGAUGUCACCGGCCGUGGAGUGCUAGCUGACGGCACCACCAGAUUUACGUGCAAGGGCAAGCCCGUCUACCACUUCAUGAACACGAGUACGUUUACCGAGUACACAGUGGUGGAUGAAUCUUCCGUUGCUAAGAUUGAUGACGCAGCUCCUCCUGAGAAAGUCUGUCUGAUUGGCUGUGGAUUUUCCACUGGAUAUGGCGCUGCUGUUAAAACUGCCAAGGUUACACCUGGUUCUACUUGUGUUGUCUUUGGCCUGGGAGGAGUUGGCCUGUCUGUCAUCAUGGGCUGUAAGUCGGCUGGUGCCUCCAGGAUCAUUGGGAUUGACCUCAACGAAGACAAAUUCGAGAAAGCCAUGGCUAUAGGGGCCACUGAGUGCCUCAGCCCCAAGGACUCUACCAAGCCCAUCAGUGAGGUGCUGUCGGCAAUGACAGGCAACAAUGUGGGCUACACCUUUGAAGUUAUUGGGCGUCUCGAAACCAUGGUCGAUGCCCUGGCAUCCUGCCACAUGAACUAUGGGACCAGUGUGGUGGUCGGCGCUCCUCCGUCAGCCAAGAUGCUCACCUACGACCCGAUGCUGCUUUUCACAGGACGCACAUGGAAGGGAUGUGUCUUUGGAGGUUGGAAAAGCAGAGAUGAUGUCCCAAAACUCGUGACUGAUUUUCUGGCAAAGAAAUUUGACCUGGACCAGUUGAUAACCCACGUGUUACCUUUUAAAAAAAUCAAUGAAGGGUUUGAACUGCUCUAUUCAGGGCAAAGCAUUCGUACUGUCCUGACGUUCUGAGGUCCUCAGUGGCAGGAGGGCUGUGUCGUGCGCUGGUGACCUGAAGCCUCCUUCUCUACAGUUCCCUCCUCUGAGGUCAUGGAUCCGUCUCACAGAUACAAGCAGAAGUGGAAUAUUUGGUGAAGAUAUAGAAGCUUUAUGAAGGUUUAUGCACCUUUCUAAACAUUUAGAGUCUUAUGAACACCUGGGAAUUAGCAGGGAGCUUAACAGCAAUAUUUUAAAAUUCAAUUUACAUUUUACAAGGCUGUAAUUAUAUAUUUCAA